AUGGCUGCCGAAUCCGCAAUCAGACCCCUGAUGGCACUAGAGGCUUCACACCGUCCGCCCAGAGCCGCCCAGCUCUCGUCUCGGGAGACAGAGCGUGAGACCAGCACCACCAACCGGGCGAGCCCUUCGCGGGAGAGAACGCCGCGUCUGGAAAGGAGGAGACGCUACACCUGGGGGUCCCGGCCAGGCACACCCGUGUGUCCCCCGGAGCACCGCGGUUCCCGCCGCCAGUCCCAGCCACGGGCUCAUCGGGGGAGGCCGAGCACCCGACCCACAGGAGACACGCAGUUUCCGGUUUCCCGGCGGUUCCCCCGACCUCGGUGCUGCGGGGGCGCAGGAAACCAAGGCCGCGCGGUCCCCGACCCCAAAGCCGCCGCGGCCCCGCCGGACGGCCAGCUGAGCACAGAAGCGGCCUCGGGUGCGCACGGACGGCUCCGAGAGGCCGGUCGGCUGCCCCCCGCCACCCGAGCGGGGGCCCCUGCGGGGGCGUGUCCGCGGGGACGGCGGGGACCAGAGGCCCAGGAAGCACUCGAUCUGCUCCGGACCACGAAGAGUGCGGGGCGCCGGGGGCGGGCCCAGCCCCGGCCCCGGCCCCGGGGUCGAGCCCCGCGCGCGGCUCCCCGCUCGGCCGGCGGCUGUCCUCCCUCCCGCUCUCGCGCCCUCCGGAACGACAAGAUCCUCCCGACGCAGCCGAGCAGGGACACAGCGGCCGCGACGCCGACAGGCUCGGCGCGGGACCCCGGCCCGAGGCCCACCCGCCGCCGCCCAGCCCCCGCCAGCUCCCGGCGCCGAAGCGCCGCGGCCCGGCCCCGCCGGCCUCUCAACCCCAGUCCGCUGCGGUCCCGGGAAGCCAGAGCCCCGCGGCCGCCGCCCCCAGCCCGCGCCGCUCCUCACCCCGCGCUGCUUCCCUCUCCGCGCCCGCCGCGGCCACGAAUACGUUAUGCGCACGCGCCCCGCGCGCUAGGGAAGCACUUCCGGGGGCCAACGGGCUGGGGGUGGGGACGGUCUCCCGAGUGCGCAUGCUCGCUCUGCCUGAAGCGCCGGAGGCGCGAGGAAAAGGGGCGGGGCUGA